AGUAUGCAAGCUGCGAGAUGUCCUACAGACGAAUUAUCUUUAACCAACUGCGCCGUCGUGAAUGAAAAAGAUUUCCAGUCCGGCCAGCACGUGAUUGUGAGGACCUCUCCCAACCACAGGUACACAUUUACACUGAGGACCCAUCCGUCAGUGGUCCCAGGGAGCAUUGCAUUCAGCUUACCUCAGCGAAAAUGGGCCGGACUUUCUAUUGGGCAAGAAAUAGAAGUGUCCUUGUAUACAUUUGACAAGGCCAAACAAUGUAUUGGCACAAUGACCAUCGAGAUCGAUUUCCUGCAGAAAAAAAGCAUCGAUUCCAACCCUUAUGAUACUGACAAGAUGGCAGCAGAGUUUAUUCAGCAGUUCAACAACCAGGCGUUCUCAGUGGGGCAGCAGCUUGUCUUUAGCUUCAAUGAGAAGCUUUUUGGCUUGCUGGUAAAGGAUAUUGAAGCCAUGGAUCCUAGCAUCCUGAAGGGAGAGCCUGCGACCGGUAAAAGGCAGAAGAUCGAAGUAGGACUGGUUGUUGGAAACAGUCAAGUUGCAUUUGAAAAAGCAGAAAAUUCAUCACUCAAUCUUAUUGGCAAAGCUAAAACCAAGGAAAAUCGCCAGUCUAUCAUCAAUCCUGACUGGAAUUUCGAAAAAAUGGGGAUAGGAGGUCUGGACAAGGAAUUUUCAGAUAUUUUUCGACGAGCAUUUGCUUCCCGAGUGUUUCCUCCUGAGAUUGUGGAGCAGAUGGGUUGCAAACACGUUAAAGGCAUCCUGUUAUAUGGGCCCCCAGGUUGUGGUAAGACUCUCUUGGCUCGACAGAUUGGCAAAAUGUUGAAUGCAAGAGAGCCCAAAGUGGUCAAUGGGCCGGAAAUCCUUAACAAAUAUGUGGGAGAAUCAGAAGCUAACAUCCGUAAACUCUUUGCUGAUGCUGAAGAGGAGCAAAGGAGGCUUGGUGCUAACAGUGGUUUGCACAUCAUCAUCUUUGAUGAGAUCGAUGCCAUCUGCAAGCAGAGAGGGAGCAUGGCUGGUAGCACGGGAGUUCAUGACACUGUCGUCAACCAGUUGCUGUCCAAAAUUGAUGGGGUAGAGCAGCUGAACAACAUUUUAGUCAUUGGAAUGACCAACAGACCAGAUCUGAUAGAUGAGGCUCUCCUUCGACCUGGAAGACUGGAAGUUAAAAUGGAAAUAGGCUUACCAGAUGAGAAAGGUCGACUACAGAUCCUUCACAUCCACACAGCAAGGAUGAGAGGCCAUCAGUUACUCUCUGCUGACGUAGACAUUAAGGAACUGGCUGUAGAAACUAAGAAUUUCAGCGGUGCUGAGCUGGAGGGUCUGGUGCGAGCAGCACAAUCCACUGCUAUGAACAGACACAUAAAGGCCAGUACUAAAGUUGAAGUGGACAUGGAGAAAGCAGAGAGCCUGCAGGUGACAAGAGGGGACUUCCUUGCUUCUUUGGAGAAUGACAUCAAACCAGCAUUUGGCACAAACCAAGAGGAUUAUGCCAGUUACAUUAUGAAUGGUAUAAUCAAGUGGGGUGAUCCUGUUACUCGACUGGUUAGCGUCCUUUUGGAAGGCCCUCCUCACAGUGGGAAGACUGCGUUAGCGGCAAAGAUUGCAGAGGAAUCCAACUUCCCCUUCAUCAAGAUCUGUUCUCCUGAUAAGAUGAUUGGCUUUUCUGAGACAGCCAAGUGUCAGGCCAUGAAGAAGAUCUUUGAUGAUGCAUACAAAUCCCAGCUCAGUUGUGUGGUUGUGGACGACAUUGAGAGACUGCUUGAUUAUGUCCCUAUUGGCCCCCGAUUUUCGAAUCUGGUGUUACAGGCUCUUCUUGUGUUACUGAAAAAGGCUCCUCCUCAGGGCCGCAAGCUUCUUAUCAUUGGGACCACUAGCCGCAAAGAUGUCCUUCAGGAGAUGGAAAUGCUCAACGCUUUCAGCACCACCAUCCACGUGCCCAACAUUGCCACAGGAGAGCAGCUGUUGGAAGCUUUGGAGCUUUUGGGCAACUUCAAGGAUAAGGAACGUACCACAAUUGCACAGCUAGUAAAGGGGAAGAAGGUCUGGAUAGGAAUCAAGAAGCUGCUAAUGUUGAUCGAGAUGUCCCUACAGAUGGAUCCUGAAUACCGUGUGAGAAAAUUCUUGGCUCUCUUAAGAGAAGAAGGAGCUAGCCCCCUUGACUUUGAAAGUGGACUAUUUGCAAAUACACAGUGACCAAAGUAAAGAUGGCCUGGGAUGUUCCGUAGAUUUACUCAAGAUGCUGGACGAAGCGAAAUGUUCCCUGCCUUCACCACGUGCUCACGCUGCAUGAUUAGUGCAAUAAAACUCCCUUCCUUGUGCUUACUGAGAUAUUCUACUGUCUUGUGGAAGGUACACAUUUGCUUUAGAGUGCCGUGCUCACCCUUCCAUGCAAGCUAAGAUGAUUCCUUCUUCCUCAGUCCGUAGGUGUGGGAGAUAUACUGUACUUGUGAACACUACACAUUUUAAGCUCUUAGUAGCACCACCACCCAGAAACUCUCGAUAAAUGUAAUGAUGUUGCAAAACUUGGCCUAUGAGAAGGCAGACUUUCUACAGGUCAACCAGGACCAGUGGAUAGAGAUGUGGGCUCCGAGGGAUGAUCUUACACCUUCCCUGUGCUAACACUAAAGGUAACUGAGCAUUUGGUUAAAGGCUCUCUCAGAAAGCUGGUGGUUACCUUUGCCUGAAGAAACAGGGCUUUGGAUUUCUAACAUGCUAUUCUCAAUCAUUCUCAGAUAUUUCCAAGUUGCAAUCAGGAGAUCUUUCUUACUAGAAAGUCAAAUUAUUAGUGUGUUGGCUGUGAAAUCCCCUCAAUUAACUAAUUUGCUCUGUGGUAAGAGAUAUGCUAAUCAUUACCACUUGGUAGAUGUUGUUAAAAACUUGUGGAAAAUAUGCAUGGAGAAAGCGUACACCCCUAAAAAGAAAGGAGUCAUUAAAAUAAAGUAAUUGACAAACCUCUCAGCACUAAUUAGUGUCCAACUCUAAAUGGGUCAGUUCCUUAGUAUAAUAUUAAAGGCUUAUUAGCAUCACCACUUUUCCUUAGCUUACCUACUUAGAUUGGAUCUUUGUUUUAAAUUCUCUGUACAGUCUAGCAUCUAAAUAAAACACUGUUCUCCAGAAGAGAAUAAACCACUUUCUAGCCCUCCCCUCUCAGUCCUUCAGCGUUCAUUCCAACACAUUUAAUGCAUUUCCUUUACCUUCCACCCACUUCUUCCAAAGGGAGAGAAUGGGUGGUUUGUCUUAUAACUGAGUUAGAAGGAACUUGAAUAGGUCAUCAGGGUUGGUGAUGAGAGAGAGUUAUGGAGCAUGCCACUCUCUCUUCGUUGCUACUUAAAAUGUGAGGACAAGCAAUCGGAAGCCAUCCGAAUGCGCUUCACACCGCCCAUGAGGCUUGUUGCCACAGUGGCACCUGGGUGUAGCUUUGUCAUCUGUCCCCUUUGGAGAAGGCAAAUUAUCUCCAGAUCUUGUGAUCUGUAUAUUUUUGGUAGACUUGUAUGUCAUAUCUACUUUGUUUCAGAUUUUAAUCCGUAGCUUAUUUUGUGGCUUUUCAAAAAAUAGAUCGUAUCGUGAAAUUCUCUGAUUCCUGGUGGCCAGUAUCCUGGAUUCCCUUAUCUGUUUUCGAUCUUGCCUCUUUUCCUAUGAAAGCAGCAUACAUUGUAUUAACUUAUGUCUCUUAUUAAAUGAACUUAAUGUCUUUAUGUUUUGUUCAAAACUAUAUUGAAAAAUAUAAUUAUAUUGUUUAAUGCAAAUGAAGGAAUGCAAUAAAGAGUAUAUAUACUUGAAAA